CCAUCUAGUUAAGUGCAUCCCAAUCAAUCGCUACUAUGGAAGGAGGAGGAGGAGGUCUAUUUUCACUUCGAAAUAAGUCGAUUGGUGGAAGUAAGCGAAUCAAAAUAAGCCGUGCCUGCGAUGAAUGUCGAAAGAGAAAAGUAAAAUGUGAUGGUGUUCAACCAUGUAAUCGUUGUAGAAGGUCAAAUACAGAAUGUGUCUUUGCUAAACUGCCACCUAAAAGAGGGCCUCCAAAGCAAUACAUGGAAAACCUGGAACAUCGUCUUCAACGUGUCGAAAGUGCUCUUAAGAAUCUAACAACUCCUGUUCAAAAGAUACUGGAUGAUGCCCUUAUUGGUAGGCCUAUGUUUGAACACACACAUGAACUAUGUCACGAUGAUACCCAGUCUGAUAUUUCUGAUUCCUUGACUGAACUGCCCUUACCUGAAGAAUUGACUACCUCAAGACAGUUCAUGAUUGAAGUACAAGGCUUGACAGACAUUUAUUUUGAACACGUACACAAGUAUAUGCCUAUGAUUCACAAGCCUUCUUUUUUGAAGCAAAUGCAUAGUAUGACUAACCCGCCUUCUCGCUUAUUGUUAUUAAGCAUGUGUGCUGUUGCUUCUCGCUGGGUGGUCAAUACUGAUGCAAGACCAGGUUAUGACUAUUAUCAGCUCGCAUAUGAACUAUUGGAUGAUUUCUUGGAUGCACCACGAUUAAGCACUGUUCAAGCAUUGCUCUUGUUGGUCAAAUAUCAAGAGAGCUUACCAAGAAAUGGCUAUUUUCACCGCGCCUAUAUGUACCUUGGUAUGGCUGUCAGUAUGUGUCAUGAUUUGGGUCUACCACAAAUGAUAGAAGAAACCCACGAUGCCGAAACAAGACGGAGAACAUUCUGGGUAGCAUUUAUGUAUGAUUUGUUGAUGAGCAUUGAACAAGGUCGUACUACAUAUUUUGAUGUGCAUCAGUGUACCAUUGGAUUUCCCUCAGUAACAAGCGAAGAAGGACCUGCUCUGGAAGAACUGAUUACGAAUCAAAAUAUCUUAAUUCAACUCGGUAAAGUAUUGUCUGAUAUUUACAGUAUGGCCAGAAGAACAACACAACGACAACAGUCUCAAGGAUACCAACGCAGCGAUCAACAGACAAUACAAGAGCAAGCAAGAUUGUUCUCUUUACAUACUCACCUUGAAAACUUUCUUUAUGAAGUGCCCCCUCCACUCAUGUACUCUCCUACUCAAGACAUCGAGAAUUACCCUGUGGAAAGACAGGCCAUUGGCGAUCCAUUUAUAGGGUUUUUGCAUAUGACAUAUCACUUUAGUGUGAUUCUGUUGCAUCGCAUCUAUAUGAAUCAACCACCUUUAAAGACUGAGUUUGAUUUCCUUGAUUAUCCUCAUAGAAAGCUAUGUGCUACCUCUGCUUCUAAUAUCACUGGUAUUGCAGAAACAUUGUAUGAAAUGUACCCUGUCGAAAUACUUUGUUACCCUACCAGAGGUGUUCAACAUACUAUUCAUUGUCUAUCCAUGGCUGCGACUGUUCACAAAUAUGAAAUGGCUCAUGCUGAUGAUGAAUUUAUGUGUGAUAAAGCAAGAUACCAGUACAUGGUCUCUGUAGAUUUAAUCCAGAAACUAUCAAGUCAAUCCCCUUCAAUUGAAUUUAGCAAGUAUUAUCAUCGUCCAUCCACAGCUGAGAAAAGAAUGUCCGCUGCUCUUGCGAAUGUACCUGAACCGAGAAAGAUGAGAAGAAAUACACUGUCCACAAUGAGUGAAGCCUCACUUUAUCCACAGUUUAUGAUGCCUUCUUUUAAUGUCCAAUGGCAAAAUGAAUUCCCUAUUCAGAGUUGGAAUCAACAGCAACCUCAGCAACAUCAACAGCAGCAUUAUCAAGAGGCAACACAAGCACCUUUAGGUCCAGACAUGGUUGUUGUUCGAGAAGAAGAUAUGAUGAUGAAUCCUCAUUAUGAUCCAUCUUCUGGUAUGAGCCAAUUGUUUCUUACAGACAAUCACUUUUUUGAAUAA